AAAAUAAAUAUCAUCAGAGUAUUUUUAGAAGAGGGUUUUCUUUGAAAUCUUCUCCUACAAUGUCGAUGUUUGAUAUUAUGCCCGCAGUGGGGAACUCAUCGCCUGUUGGGCUUCAUAUCCCUAUCCCAACCUCUCAUUGAUACGAUUCCAAAUAUUCUACAUCCUGCUGCUUGCCGCGUCCUUACUGCGUGCUUGCAAGCAUGUUUGCUAUGUUGAUUGACUUGUCUCACAGCGCUUUCUCUCAUGAAACGACUGAUCCACCUGGACUGGGCCAUAUGGAGAUAUCAAAAACGUCGUCAAUCGCUCAUUUCAGGUCUCUCACACAUCACAUAUUUGACAUUAGCUGAACUUCUAGCUACUUCCACAUAACAGACCAUCCAAAAGUCCGGAUCUGCAAGAUGAGACGAAACAGGAGCAGCGAUAUACCUUUUUCCUGGUACUGGGAAGGCAAGCCACUCCGAGCAGGUCGUGCUGUAGGAGAGAGAAUCGAGAAGGUCCCAACAUCUUCAUCAAGUCUUCAGAGUAGCAGUCUCUCGCCUUCAAGCUGCUGUUCGCGUCCAGCAUCCCUACCUCCGUCAGAUAAUUCAAUGUCUAAAUAUGGAAAUCCGGGCAGUCUUGAUGGCUAUAUCGAUUGCCCACGAAGCCACGAGGGUUUAUCUCAAGAUACGCAUGAGCGAUGCUACCGCCAUGACGCAUGCAAGCCACGUUCGGAAACAAAGCAUUGUUCCUGCUCUGAUGGCAGCAGCCACACUUAUGCAGCGAGAUCAGAUUGCCAGCAUCACAUGCCAGAAUCAAGAGGAUCAUACUCAACAACCCUUUGCGAGAGUCAUAUCCACCCACAGGACCUUCCUUGUCCAUGUCCCUACAUUCAUGGAUAUCCUGUGCAUGUGCAAGUCUACUCUUACCCCGUUUCUCCCAGGCCAAACCCCCCGUGCACUUGUUCGUCAUCUGGAGCAAGUCAACCAGAACCCCCCUUGAAAAUGAAGCCUCACUCCAACCGACGUUCGUCCUCGGUGCAAAAUCCACGACUUGAUGUGGACUACAACGACCGGGUAGCUGAAUGGGCCAAUAUAUACCCUUGCCAUAUUGGACAACGUCACCACCAUGUCCCUUACCAUACUCCCGGUGGUGAAAACCAGGGCACAGAAUACGCCACUGCCGCCGAACAUUCUCCCGACGAUGGUCGGGAAACGGAUGUUGAGAACAGAUCCUAUCAUCGACGUCGUCCGGUUUGGAAGAACUGCUUCCAUACAACUUACCAUAGUCCAAUCUACUGACAGUGGCUCAAUGCCACUCAUCAGGUGGUCAUUAAAGUGACCAUUACAUUUAUUUUUUAUUUUUUACAUAGAUUUCUUACAUAGUCCACGAAAUAGAACACCUAGCAGUCAAUAUUACAAGAAAGCACCUAAUAUGCCAAUCUUUCCUAAAACGGCACUCAUGACGUCGAAGAUAUCCUUACAUAAUCAGGAG